CGAUAACAAGCUGCAGCUAUCCAGACACACAAAAAAAAAUAUUUUUUAAUUUAAAUAAUUGCAAUUUAAAUAAUUAAAAUGAGUGCGCGACAUAGGGGCAAAUCCAGACGUGGUGCCGGUGCAGCUUCCUAUCGCAACGUUAAAUCCAAUCACAACUGCGAACGCAACUUUGCUCAACAGGCCAACGAAUUGUCCAAUGCCAAUGACAGCACCGAGUCUGAUUCAGAUUCCUCGUCUGAUUCCACAGAUGGUGACAAGCUGGAGGGACUUGGACACCCACCCAAUUUCUCUGUCGCCAUGUGGGAUCUCAAUCACUGUGACCCGAAAAAGUGUUCGGGCAGAAAACUGGCGCGUCUGGGCUUGAUUUCAAAUUUGCGUUUGGGUCAAAAGUUUCCAGGUCUUGUCCUCUCACCCGUUGGGCAAUUAUGUGUUAGUCCACAGGAUCGUGAGAUUGUUAGUGCGUCGGGAGUGGCGGUCAUCGACUGCUCCUGGGCAAAGCUGGAUGAGACGCCGUUCAAUAGGAUGCGAAGUCACCAUCCGCGCCUGUUGCCUUUUCUGGUGGCAGCUAAUCCCAUUAAUUAUGGUAAACCAUGCAAGCUAAGCUGUGUGGAGGCCAUUGCAGCAACGCUUCACAUAUGCGGCUUUACUGAAGAAGCACGCUGGUUUAUGGGCAAAUUCUCUUGGGGUCAUGCAUUUCUGGAGCUAAACCAGAAGCUGCUGAAUGCAUAUGCGGAGUGUAAAAGCAGCGAUGAGAUUCUGAAGGUGCAAAAUGAAUACCUGGAAGCAGAGCAAAAGGAACGCAAUAAACCUAGAGAUCUAAAGGAGUUUUAUCCGACAAGUAGCAGCGAGAGCUCAAAUGAAGAAAGUAACGAGGAGAAAUAAAAUAAUUGUAAUUUUAAAAGAG